CAUCCUGAAUAGGUAGUUCACCAAGCAAUACACCCCUCUUCUUGAAAACCAUGCUGAAGGCCAAUUUAGGGGCUGUCAAUCCAAUCCAGGGAGCUCUUUGGUUUCCUGGCAAGAAGAUGGAUGGCUAUGUGGCGGCUCCUCUGUCAGCAAGAGCACUUGAGAUCGCCAGGAGCAGAGAACAACUCCUAGCCCUCCUGCGUGAUCUUCCGGAGUCUGAGCACGAGCUCUCCCUCACCGACCUCGUCGAGGAAGGAUCUGCUGCUGCUAGUUCACUUGUGAACGAGGACACAUCUCGGCGCGAAGGAGAGCUGAGCAGGCGCACGGUGAUUAAGGAAAGAAAGAAGAAGCGACACAGCAGAAGUAGCUUUGGCAGCAGCAGUGACGGUGUGCUUCUGAACUUCUACGUGCCGACAUCCUUGGCACGAAGCAUCACCACGCCGAGGCCGAUCGGUGGCGGGACUUUGGCCACUGCAACAACAGACUGCAACAAGAGGAGUUUUGGAUGUUGGUCCGCCUUUUGGGAGAGAGGGAAGAAAUCGAGGAGCCAGGAGCUUCAAAAGAAUGCGUUGAACAGGAUCAGUCAUAGCUUUUAUUGACUUUCUGACAGUAAACUAAAUCUUGUUGGGAUCUUAUUUGCCACCAUUUGGUUGACUGGUAGGCUCGGAGUUAGUGUUUGUUGACAUAUGAUGUUUUAUCCCUUCUGGAUGCUUUGCCCUUCUUUGACCUGAGCUGAAGAAAGAUGAUGCUUGAUUCUUUGUGCA